AUGAGCGAGCUACAACGUGCCUGGGCCAGGCAGAAAGUGGGAUUCCCCCAAGAUGUUUUCAUUGAGGAAGAUGAAUACCAGGAGUCUGACCAGCUGGGCGAUCUUCCAGAUCAAAUGGACGAUGAUUCGUCCUCUGCCUCUUCGGUUUCAUCAACAGGAACCAUCAUCCCAUCGCCCAACCAGAAGCUUUUCGCCAGACCUCAGAGUUUCGCACGAGGUAGAACCCUUGAACAAAUACCAUGGACAACGUAUUUUGAAAGAGAGCUCUACCUUCACCAGCCAGAAAAUUCCGGGAUAGUCUAUCACGCAUAUCUGAGCUCACCGGUCGAAAAAGGGCCGCUGUUUGUCAUGCACCACGGGGCCGGAUCCUCGGGGCUCUCAUUCGCGGUAGUAAGCUCAGAAAUAAGGAAGAGACUACCGUCAGCAGGGAUUUUGGCAAUUGAUUGUCGAGGCCAUGGCUCAACCACGGCCCCCGAAGGCCCAGACCUGGAUCUCCGUCUCGAAACACUCUCCUCAGACCUCCAUGCGGUUAUUCAAUUAACUAAAUCGGAGAUGAGAUGGCAAGAGCUGCCCCCUAUCAUGCUGGUUGGGCAUUCACUGGGCGGCGCUGUCGUCACCGAGCUGGCGAAAUCAGGUAAACUGGGAACUUCUCUACUGGGCUAUGCAGUUCUUGAUGUGGUCGAGGGCUCGGCAAUGGAUGCCCUGCAGAGCAUGCAGACCUAUCUCUCAACACGGCCUGGGGGCUUCGUCUCCUUGGAGGCUGGAAUAGAGUGGCACGUGAGAUCCCGAACAAUUAGGAACUCCAUCUCAGCUCGUACUUCUGUGCCGGCUCUUCUGGUAUUGCCAGAAAACCGGCAAGAGAACGACACCAGGCCCUGGAAAUGGAGGACCAACCUCGCAGCAUCACAACCAUUCUGGGAGGAUUGGUUCGUUGGGCUCAGCAAAAAGUUUCUUGGGGCCAAGGGGGGCAAACUACUUCUUCUAGCGGGCACCGAUCGACUUGAUACGGAGUUGACAAUCGGCCAAAUGCAAGGCAAGUAUGCACUUCAGGUGUUUCCCGAGGCUGGUCAUUUCAUCCAUGAAGACCUGCCUGAGAAGACAGCUGUGUCAUUGGUAGACUUCUAUCGCCGAAACGACAGGGGUGCAUUGGUGCUGCCGCCAAAAGUAUCAGAUCUCCUGAAGCAAGGAAAAAGAGUGUGA